AUAAAGGGGACAGCUGAGACGAUAACAGCAGAAAUAACCACAAGAAGAGGAAAUCACCAUCAAGAAAUGAGAAUGAAGAGUGUUGUGUCUCUGCUGGUGUUGCUGCACUGCUGCCUGUCUGGAGCCCAGGUCCACAAAGACCGAGACGGAGUCGGUGUGAAUGAGAUCCAUCAGGUUGACUAUGAGGAUGGAGAGAGCAGAGGUAAUGACAUUCAGGUUGACAAACAAAGAGCAGAAGCUGCAGCUACAACACACAGCCAGCAAACCUGCCAGCCUGACAUCCACACUGUGCUGAGAGAGAUGAGCACCAUGAUGGCAGAGCAGAGAGUUGAGCUGAGACACACGAAGACUGAACUGGGAGCCAUGGAGGCCCGACUGAGAGCCAGUGAGAGCCAGGUGGAGGAACUGAAAUCCAAAGUGGAGGAACAGACUAGAAGGAAUGAAGCACAAGCAGUGGAACUAAGCUCCAUGGAGACUCGUUCUAACAUAACUGAGAGCCACGUUGAAGUUCUUAAGAGACAUAUUGAAGACAUAAAGGUGGCUUUCUCCGCCUCACUUGGAGGACCUGCUUUUAGUGGACAAGUUGGACCCUUCAACACUGGAACCACCCUGGUCUACAGAAGUGUCUACACAAAUAUUGGCAAUGCUUAUAACCCCACUACAGGGAUCUUCACAGCACCAGUGAGAGGACUCUAUCUAUUCAGGUUUUACAUCUUUGCAUGGGGUGAUGAUUCAGUUCCUACAACAACGGCCUUGUUUAUGAAUGGACAUCAAAUAGCUAUGGCAUUUGCUCGCCAAGCUGCUGGUAGUGUUAAUUCCUCCAAUGGAGUGUCACUGCUGCUGGAGGUGGGAGAUGUGGUCUACGUGCAUCUCUGGGCUGGGCGGCAGAUAUUUGACAAUGUAAAUCGCCUCAGCACCUUCAGUGGUCACCUGCUUUUCACUAUGUAAGAGGAUUGUUGUAAUGAAGUACCUUACUGUGAUAGGUUUAAAUUAUAAUGGCUAACAAUUGCUUUUUAGCAGAAAACAUUUUCUCAAGCAAGAAUUUUGCUAGGUCUGUGUGUGGUCUGAGUAGAGAAGAGAAAACUGAAAACUUGAUUUUAUUGGCUGAGGUUUGUAACUCUCUUUGUUAUUGGUCUACUGUUAUUAACCAAUUUACUGCAUGGUGAUGUUACCAUGGAAGCUGGAGCUCCCUACCUAAACUUAUCCAAUAAGAAACAUUAGUUAUUUCGUUUCCUGUUGCAAAACGUUUUAUUACAGUCUAUGGUAAUGAAUACAACCCAGCCCUACUCUCUGAACAACACCACCAUGACCAUACAGGGCUCUCAACCCAGGCCAACAGACCAAUCCCAAACCUCUUCUUCCUCUAACCCGUGGUCAUUCACAGCACACCUCAGAUUCCAUCCCCCACAGACCAGACCUGUAUGGAUACAUGGUAAAAAACAAAGGUGGACUUAUUAUCCACGACCAAUAAACCAACCAAGUUGAGACUCUUUGCACUUGGCUGCAAACAUGUGUGCUUCCCCCCUCCUCUUCUCACCAUGGCAGGAUUUGUGGGACUUACUGCCAAAGACAAAAAUCCACUUCUGUCCAUACACUGGAUUUCCAUGGCCAGUAACUGAGAUAGCCUCUCGUCUGGAUAGACUGGUCGAAAGGAGGAUACUCUCCGGAUGGAGCGUUGAAGAGAAGACAGACACUAUAUUAUGGUUAGGGCUCCACCCUUGACAACCUUGAUAUGUUCAGGAAAGGUGGGUCUGUCAGGCAGGCCUCAGUAACCUCAGUCUUUCCAACAGUGGUGUCAGUAUUGCAGGGGAGGGUCUAUCUAUCCACUAUUCUGGCUGCACUAAACAGUAUUUAGCCUACACUGUACAGUAUAUUUACCUGUUAAGGACAUACAGACCAGACUGUAUAGAGUGGUCUGUCUGUCCCUUGCUUGGUCUCUCUGUCUGCUGGGACACCUUCAGCUCCUCUACCAACACAAUGUCGGCGUCCCAAAACGACUUCUGAACAGAGCCCUAUGGGCCUUGAUCAAAAAUGAAAAUGCUGAGCUAUAUAGGGGAAAAUACUUUACCUUUUAUUUUCUAUAUGCUGUUCGUUCAGGCACCUCUUCUCUCUGUGGGCUCAACUAGAGAAUCAAUGAAUGUCUGUAAAUAAAGUGGCUUUGUCUCCCUCUGCUGUUUCUAAAGUACAGAGCUGGGAGAGUGUGCUUGCGUCCCAAAUGGUACUCUACUCUCUAUCUAGUGCAUCAUCAAAAGUAGUGCACUAUAUAGGGUAUAGCGUGCCAUUAGAUACGCAGCCCCGUAUGUACCUGUAUGUCAUGUAAUGAGCUAUAUGGUAGACUCUUACCUCCUAAUACAGCCCUGUGUGUGCGUGCAUUUGUGUGUGCGCUUGUGUGCCUGUGUAAAGGCCCCAGCAUGCAUCAGAAAUGACCCAUAUCCUCUAAUAUACACACUUCUUUUCUCUCUCUCUCUCUGGAGAUACUGGAAGCAGUCCGUUUUACACUACUCAAAGGUAGUGCACUAUAUAGGGACUAGGGUGCCAUUUGGGAUGCUCCAACUGACUCGUGGUUUUACUUCAGCCAUUCGUACCAAAACUACUCUGCUUCUCUGGUUUUUAGAACAAGUCCUCUCCUAUCAGUCAGAUAACUUAAAAACACAGAAAUGGUACUGAGAUGUGUAUAUCUUUGGACUGGUUGUAAAUGUAUUAUAAUAAGGCAAGCAACAUUUAAUAAAUAAAUGUAAAUAACGUGUGAAUGUGUGUGUAUGGGCAGGGGACUGAUGGACAGGAAGUAUGUUGUACAGAUGUACUUUAAUUACUAUCAGACGACUUUAUGGUGACCAUUAUAAACUUGAGGAAACAAACAUGUUUAUUUAAGACCCAUUCCACCAAAAUCAUAUGAACUGUUUAGGGUUGAGAAAUUCCAGUAACUUUCCUAAAAUUCCCAGGUUUUUCAGAAAUCCCUGUUGGAAGGAUUCUCCGGAUAUUCAGCCAUUUCCUCCUGAUUACGGGAACAUUCAAACCAGGAUUGUUGGAAAGCCUGGGAGUUCGGGGAAAGUUACUGGAAUUUUACAAACCUAGAACUAUUAUAUGAACUGCGGUUUUAAAAGUUUAGCUGUAUUUUUGGUAAGUGGCACAUUUUGAAUGUAAUUAUUUUCCAAACUAACUGCUGUUCAUGACUUCUUUGUUUAAUUGGAAUAAAGGCCUCCAUUGAGACCCUGUAAAAACC